UAGACGAGUCUUUCCUUGCUAUGGAGUAUAUAUGAGAUAAUUAGUUAUCCCUGAAAUCCCAUUAGAAUCUGAUUAACUAAAAAAAAAAAGAAAAAGAAAAUGGAGAAUUAUAGAUCAAUGUCAUGCAGAGAAAGAAGAAUGAAGAUGGAGAAUCCUAAUCAUAAUCCUAAUGAGAAACAUCUAAGAAGGUCUUACACUACUUGUAAUUAUGCUUCUUAUCAUAAUUAUAUCAAACAAUCUUCAAUUAAAGGAAAAGGAUGGAUGAUGAAUUUGAGUGAUGCAGAGCUUCAAAGAAAGAAAAGGGUUGCUUCUUAUAAGGUUUAUGGUGUUCAAGGAAAACUAAAAGCUUCUUUUAGAAACAGCUUUAGAUGGAUUAAGAAUACUUGUUCUCAUCUUGUUAAUGGUAACUAAUUAUUAUUAUUUUUAAUCUUAAUUUCCUUAUUCUGUCUUAUGUAUGUUUGUGAUUUGGGAUGAUGAAUUUUUAGUUUUUAAUAAUAAAAAUUCUUGAAUAAGAUGGUAUGAGAUUAUUUUAUUGGGCUAAUCUAUGUACAUUUAUAGUGUGUUAAAGUGUGUUAAAGUGAUUAUUUACGAUAUUAAAGGGAUCAAUCGGAGAAACGAGCUAGUUAUGUGGGCUCAUCUUUUGUUGCGACAGUAUGAUAGAAAACGAGCUGUUUUAAUAAUGGUAUUGCUGCUGCUGCCUGCUAACAACAGGAUCUAAUUUUCCCUGAAAAUAAAAAUAAAUCAAUUCAGCUUCACAGUUGCUUGAUGAUUAAAUAGGGUUAGUUUGAUGGUUUGGGGAUGAUAAUUGGGGAAAUAUUUGUUUAUGUUGAAUUGUUGAUAUGCGUUAAUUCAUCAUUAACGGGUAACAAACUUUUUUUUGUCAAAAAGGUAAAAAAAGACGUGAAUUUUUAUUCUAGAUGGCGGCAACAUC